GAUAUCCGCGAUGAGCUCGUUGGUGUUCCCAACCGUAUCUCUAGCUAUUCUGGCUCUGGUUCUCCUCAAAUUCACCCAAUCGUUUCUUCAGAAUCGAGUAUCUUUACCAUUACCGCCAGGCCCAAGGGGGCUCCCGUUCAUUGGGCCUGCUUUCGAAGUUGAUGCUGCGAGUCCGUGGAUAACGUACGGACGAUGGGCAUCCAAGUAUGGCGAGAUUGUCGGCUGUCGCAUGUUCGGCAGGCAAAUUGUGAUUCUGAACUCUGAAAAGGUCGCAAACGACCUUCUGGAACGUCGCUCGCGCAUUUAUUCCGACAGGCCUUCGUUUUCCAUCCGCUCCCUGUGCGGAUGGGACUUUGAGUUCGCUUUGGACAAGUAUGGGAGCGAGUGGCGUCACCUCCGGCGGCUUUUCAAGCAGUCUUUUCGGGAGCAGAAAGUCGCCGACUAUCAGUCCACGCAACUUGAUUCUGCCCGUGCUCUCUUACUCAACAUAGCGUCCCAUUCAGAGGACAAAAUCUGGGACUUGAUAUCCUUAUGUUCUACUUCUACUAUCUUAUCUGUAGUAUAUGGAUACAAGGCAGAAACCCUUGAGGAUCCGAUGUUUCAUAUUGGAAAAGAGACUCUUGCGACUGGAUUUCCACUCCUCACCACGGGAAAAGCUAUGCUCUUCGAGAUUCUCCCUUUCAUCAAAUACAUCCCCGCCUUCCUCCCCGGGGGUUCCAUGAUGCGUGAUGUACAUAUCGCAAAGCAAUGGACGCAGAAGUAUGCCAACUAUCCGUUCGACUUUACUAUGGGCAAGCUGCGAUCUCACCCAGCAUUUGCGUGUAUACUUUCGGAUACGAUCCAGAACUGUCAGGGAACUGGACAAAUUGUUUCGGAUGCCAUCCUGAAGAAGUUCGCUGCCACGGCGUUUCUAGGUGGUGGCGCAACGUCUGCAAGCGUACAUCAGUCUUUUAUAGUAGCAAUGGUGUUGAAUCCGAAAGUACAAAAGCGAGCGCAAGCCGAAGUUGCGGAAGUCUGCGGCAUAGAUAGACUCCCGACUUUUGAUGACCGUGCUAUGCUCCCUUACAUCGAUGCUGUGGUUAGGGAAACAAUGAGGUGGAAUCCGACGGUCACGCUGGGUCUAAGCCAUGCUGUUACGGAGGAUGAUGUGUACGAUGGAUAUUUUAUCCCUAGAGGCUCAAUCAUGAUUCCGAACUCGUGGGCUAUGUCCCGAGAUUCUCGCAAAUAUCCCGAUCCUGAGACGUUCAAACCUGAAAGAUUUCUCACGAGUGACGGCGAGCUGAAUGAUGACGAUGUGCGAUGGGCCUUUGGCUGGGGUCGGCGCGUUUGUCCCGGCCGUCAUCUGGGUAGCGCUGCGCUGUGGAUUACCGUGGCUUCUCUGCUGGCUGCUUACAGGUUUGAAACCCCUAAAGACAGGGAUGGGAUGCCUGUUGAUGUGAUUCCGAAGUGGACUUAUGCGCUUACGAGGUGGGUUGUUUCUGUGGGGUUUCGUUUGAACAGCACUCUCAACCUUGAUCCUGUCGUAGAGAGCCAGAACCGUUCCCAGUACGGAUCAUCUCAAGGUUUGGGGAAGUCAAGUUAA